CAAUAGAAGUGAUAAUAAUUGAAGCUAUGUUACAAACCAGUCUUUAAAUUACAUAUUCUAGUAUUUGCUUGUAAAACCUGGUAAAACUUCUUUAAUCUUGAAAUAUUUUUUUUUAAAAACACGAGAUGUCAUUGUCGGCAAAUGUCAAAAAAGUGACAGUUGGUAAAUAAAAAAAGAAGGUUGAAAAAAUUAUGUAGUUUUCUUUAAAUCUGUUUGCUUUGUCAAUUUCUUCAGCACACAAGAAGUAGAAAGUCUUCCAAGGCUUCACUUCUGAAAUAUGAGAAAAAUAUCGGAAUUAAGGCGAAAUUCGUCUGCAAGCCUUUCUGACGAUAGCGAAGAAACAAGAGUGCGAAAAUUUGCGAAACAUAUGCUAAAGAGCUCCCUAUUUAUUGGAACUUUUCUGGAAAAGAGGCUGGUUGAACCUUUGAACUCAUAUCGCGAUGUAAUAAAAGUAUGUGACGAUGAGCACGAUCUGAUUGAGAACUUGACGGCAGUGAGGAAACGCUGCUUGAAACAUUUUCCAAAACAUGUGUGGAUUGGAAUCACGGAACCAAAAACUAUUGGUGCCCCAGCAGGUUACAAUUUGUGGGUCAGUCUAGAAGAGGAAGUUUUUGGAUGUUAUUGGUAUAAAAUCAAAAAUGUUGAAUUUUCUUACAAUGAAGUUAGAGUAAAGCUGGAAGUUGUGAGACCAGUGAGAGAGAGAACCCCAGUCCAUAACAUAUCUCCCAGUCAGAUCAUUGAUGAUGUUUCUCAGAACAAUUUGGGUGAAUUGGGUACGAAAAUGCAGGAUUUUUUCAAGGAUCAGUUGAGGGACUUGUUCACGGAAACAUUGACUUGGCCUAACAUUAAACAGGCCACUAUAUUUAUCGUUCUUUUAUUAUCAACAUUGAUUACUUUUUUGAUUCACACAAUUAAAUACCUUUUAGAUUAUAUUCUGAAACUUUUGCGUGAAACGCAAGGACUUAUCAGGGUUUGCACCCCAAUUAUUGUCAAUUUCAUGAAAUUAAUUUCAAAUACAAUUUCUGGAUUUUAUACUUUAAUAGCAGUUUUGUGGCGAGAUCCAGCACCUCGUACAAUAAAUCAGUUACAAAUUUCUCCUUACGAUGUACCAUAUUAUGGGAGUAAUAUGAGAGCAUUACCUUACCAGGGAGGAGAUUUUUCAAGACAUCGCAAGUCUUAUGGAUCUUCAGUCAAGAUAACUCCAUUAGAUUAAAUUUUAUUGCAUUAUAUAAUAUUGUUUACAUUUUAACAAUGUAAAGUGGGGCACUAGGUAAAGUCACUAUAUUGCAGUCGACUCACAAUGAAUAUAAUUUGUGUAAUAAUGGUUUUAUCUUGGCUUAGGAAUGUUUACUUUGGGACAUGUUAAGAUAAAGGCUAAAUGUGAUGCGUGGUAAAAAAUUAACUCGUUUGUAAUUUGUUGUAGAUAUAACGAAAUAUUUAUAAGGAAUACUAACUAAAUGUACGAUAAAAUUGUAUUUUUAUAGUGAAGUUAUGGUUUGAAAUAAAUCAUAUGAAAUUAA